UUUGAAGGCGGGGAUGGCGGGCGCGCAGUACGUGCCGGCGGGCGCGGGGCUGGACGCGUCGCUGUCGCUGCUGGAGGCGGAGAGCAGCCCCGGGGCGGCGGCAGCGGCGGGCCCGGAGGAGCAGGAGGAGCUGCCCAUGGUGUUCCUGUGCGCCGGCUGCAAGCGGCCUGUGGGGGACACGCUGGGCUGGGUGGCCAACGACGAGGAGACAGGCUGCGUCCUGCUGCGCAGCGCCUCCCCCAACGUGUCGGUGGAGAAGGAGCAGAAACUCUCCAGCCGGCCCGGCGAGUGCGGAUGCAUGAUUGAAACUUUAUUCUGCUCCGGCUGUUCAAUGACCCUUGGGAACAUCUACAGAUGCACCCCAAAACAUCUUGACUAUAAGCGAGACUUAUUUUGCUUCACUGUUGACUCUAUUGAAAGUUACAUCCUAGGAUCCUCAGAAAAACAAGCUGUAACUGAUGAUGAACCUUUAACUCUUGAAAGUCGAGCUGGCUUAGAAGAGGCAAUAGAAAGGGCAGAAACCAUACUGAAAGCACUGGAGGCAAGAUUGUCUGUAGUUGAAUCAAGUUUUGCAUCACGUCAUAAUAACUGAAAGAAACUUCAUGUAUGUAGCUGAUUACUGGGAACGCUUCAUGGAAAGCUUGCUUUCAUAAUCUCCAGAAUCUGUUGGAGUGCUGCAGAAGCCUUCCAGUAAAUAGCACAAAAGCUUCAUCAGUCUUUCUAAUGGAAUAAAACACUGACUUGGGGGAUGAUGUAUGUAAAAUUAAAAUAUUCCCUUCUGCUGACAUCCAUGCUACUAAUAUAUUUGGUAUAUAUGUUUUUCUGUCUCCCUGCCCAGGCUCUGGGCAACUUCUACUUAAAAGGGUAGUUAAAUAGGUUCUCCUGAAGCUGACUAGUGCUGUUUGGAUUUCAGCAGGCAUGACUAGUAUCAUGGUAUAACUUGGGUAGCCCUUUUGCCAGUAUCUGAGAGAGUCAUCCAUAAUUAUCUGCUGAACUGACAUCUAUUCAAUUUCCUAAAACUAAAGUAACAAGCUAACCCUGAACUUUCUUGGAGAAAUGAUGAUUGAAUUGUUCAUCAUUUUAUUUUUACAGCCUUUCCUUGACCUGUGCUGCUGGGCAUUGAGCAGUAGGAUUUAAAUGUAGCAGGUUCUGCAUUCUAGCCUUGGAUCAGCCAGAAUUUAUUAACUUUUUCUUUACUGGAGACUUUAAAAAAAAAAA